AUGGGCUCUACUGGCUCCAGGCCCAGGCUCAGUCAGGUGGCCCCGUGUCACAAUCAGUCAGAGGGAGACCAGGGCCAGCAGGCCAGUCAUCCCACUUCACAUUGGACCAUCCCUGCCACACCAACGCCACUGGAGCAACAACAUGGGCCCCAGGGACAUAGGAGGACUACCCAGCUGCCGCCACUGAAACUGGAAAACCCUGCAACAUUCCCACCACUAUCUACAGGUUGGUAUACAAACAGAACACUAUUCAAAACUUGGUUGUCAUCCUCAUGAAGGCUUACCUGUAUUGUGUGUCUAUCUGUGCAUGUGCGUGUGUGUAAGAAUCAUCAUAUGUAUCAAGCAGCCUCCCACAGAGUCAAAUCACCAUUUGGGGUCCAAGCAUCAUUCAUUCUCAUUUACCACGAAGACUACAGGUCAGAACAGUAUAGCUUUCACUAAAAUUGUACUGCAAACUGUUACUAGCAUUCUUGUUCAACUGUUCCUAUAUUUCUACUUUGUUACUUUCCUAUCUCUAUGUGAGAUAAAUUGUAUUUCAGUAUAGUGUCUAGGACUCUAUAUUGGGGAGGAGUGGCUGUAUCAUUGCUUUGACUGUGGUUGUGAUGUAUGUGUACCCAUUAGGGGUGUAACGAUCCAUCUACUACAUCGAUGUAUCGAUUUAUAUUCCUAUGAUCCAACUACAUCGAUCUGUGCUCGGCGAGUUGGCCUUUUGGACAACAUAUAUCGAUCUAACAUCGUUUUAAAAUGUAAUAAAUCGAUUGUAUCGAUACUAGGAAAUAACCCAUUGGAUUUAAGCACGUCAGACUUUAUAUGGAUGUUUUUUCUUAGCACUUUUAAUGAUAAAGGCUUUAAACAUUACUCGAUUCAGUCUGCCUAUCCGUGACGUCAUCGCGCCAACAGCAGCGCAAAGGCGCAAAGACAACAAAACAUAGCAUGGCGGACGACCGAGGAGAAGCCGACGAGCGAGAAAUUAUCAAGCCACCAUUGCAGUCCUUACAAGAAACAGGAAUCUAGGAAACUUCACCUGCACUGUCCAGUAUCCAGGUAUUUAUUUCAGUCACACUGGUUGAAUUUUUGGCUAAAAGGUUACUGAAUCGAUUUCAAGUCACUGAAUCGUUUCGGAUCGUAUCGUUCUAAAUGAACCAAUAUCGUCCUUGAAUCGUAUCGACAACCACAAAUCGUGAUACAAAUCGAAUCGUUGUUAAAACGAAUCGUUACACCCCUAGUACCCAUGCAGACCUCCCAUCAUUCUCUCUCUUCAAGCGUUACAACCACUGACCCCUCUUAGUGCAGGCCUCAAGGUUACUGCCAAUCACAUGGCCAUGGUAAAAAAACAACAACACAAAAACAUCAUAGUGUCAUUUUGUCUCUGUGUGUGUAUACCUGUGUGUUUGCAUGGAUACAAAGCCUUUGUCAAUUUUGAAGCUGUUUAAAUUACCUUAUGCUUCGGUUUGGUUUGUUCUCUCUCUAUUGUCACAGGGCAGGGACUGGAGAGAUGGGGGUGUCCUCCACUUUUCUACACCCAGCCAGCGGGCACACGGUGGCACCGGCCGCCAGCCGCAGGUGCAGAUAGAUACUGUAAUGGAUUAACAUGCCUAUGUUACUCAGUUGUUAUGAGAGGAAAUGUACGUGCGUAAGUGCAUAGUGUCUCCAGCAAGAUAGCGCUGUGCUUGGUCUGUGAGUGGGUCUGAGAGAGAGAGAGAGAGAGAGAGAGAGAGAGAGAGAGAGAGAGAGAGAGAGAGAGAGAGAGAGAGAGAGAGAGAGAGAGAGAGAGAGAGAGAGAGAGCGCGCGCUGGUGAGCUGCGAGCCCAGGCCCCUCUUGUUCCAGUGGGCCUGAUUACAGCGCUGGUGGAAUGGAAAGUGGGGGGACCUUAUAGAUAAUUGUAUGUGUGGGGGUACAGAGAUUAGGUAGUCAAUCAAAAAUCAUGUUAAACACUAUUAUUGCACACAGAGUGAGUCCAUGCAAGAGGGUACAGGGAACAGGAAAAACCCCACGACCAGGCAAACACACACAAGCAUGUAUGCGCACAUACACUCCCUCACAAACUGACAGACAGAACAUAUUUUGUAAAUGUUCAUGUUUCAUUGCAUAGGGCAUGAUCAAGAGAUCCAUGUUUUUUCUGUAGCAUAUUUUUGGUGAAUUUUCUGUAGCAUAUCAUUGGUGCAUUAUGUGUAUAACGUGGCAUGUGACUAUAUUAUAUUUGUUGGUGACCCAUGAAUGGUGUGGUCUCUCUGGCUGUGUGGGUUGGGUUGUGUUGGGUAGGGAGGACUCCUGGAGGCACAGAUGGUCCUCAGUCAACAGGCCCAGCAGAGACGGAGAGCCCACCAGAGACGAGUCCGAGAGCAGCGGGUGCACGAGAGGACCAUCUAUACAGAUAAUUGUGAGACUGGCCUCCCGAGUGGCGCAGCGGUCUAAGGCACUGCUUUGCUUGAGGAAUCACUAGAGAACCGGGUUCGAUCCCAGGCUUGGUCACAGCUGGCCGUGACCGGGAGACCCAUGAGGCGGUGCACAAUUGGCCCAGCAUCGUCCAGGUUAGGGGAGGGUUUGGCCGGCCGGGAUUUCCUUGUCCGAUCUCGCUAUAGUGACUCCUUGUGGUGGGCAGGGCGCCUGCAAGCUGACUUCGGUCACCAGCUGGACGGUGUUUCCUCUGACACAUUGGUGCGGCUGGCUUCCGGGUUAAGCGAGCAGUGAGGCUUGGCAGGGUCGUGUUUCGGAGGACGCAUGGCUCUCGACCUUUGCCUCUCCUGAGUCCGUACGGGAGUUGAUGGGACAAGACUGUAACUACCAAUUGGGGAGAAAACGGGGUAAAAAUAAAAUAGAUAAUUGUGAGACUGGAUACAUUUUGUACCACCAACUUGAACAUUUUCUAACUGACGCAUACAAUCCAUAGAUAAAUGGUGUACUUGUAUUAUUGUCUUGCUCUCUUGGCCUCUGUAGUUGGAGCACCUAGCAGCAAAGGGAUACAGAGACUGUAUCUACUGAACAGGCCAACACAAGAGGACAUAUUUUGGGAACGGAUGACAGGAGAGAGCCUUGACCUCAGGGAGAUCCUCCAACCAAGCCCCCUUCCCCCGGAGCAAGGAGAGAGACAGCAGUCCCAGCCUGGACCACAACCACAGCGCCUGUGUAGGAUGAGGAGCUGA